AUGGAGCUCCCGGGUCAACAACGUAACGCUCCUUCGUGGCAUUGGCCCGAAGACCCAGCUGCCCAUCCAGCUGCAGCUUCGCCCAGUACAGAACAACAGGGUAAUCCAACAGAGCCGGCUGACCCCAGCGGUGAACCCCCAAGGACAAGCAGGACUUAUCCUUCCAAGACCUGCAGGAUAUGCUUGGAAACUGUUCCCCCGACAUACCACCCAAUGUCAGAGAACCUUCCGUCCUUCCUGCAAUCCGGCCCUCGUGUCACGUAUGAGUCGGAAGAUCCAUCACUGGGGCGUUUAAUUCGGCCUUGCAAGUGCAAGGGCUCGUCAAGAUACGUUCACGAGGGUUGCUUGAGCAAAUGGAGGCAUGCAGAUCCUCGUUAUGGCCAGAGGAACUUUUGGCAGUGUCCGACAUGUGGUUUUCAAUACAAGCUACAACGUGUGGCAUGGGGUAGAUUGAUCAGCGGCAGUUCCAUGCAGAUUCUCCUCACUAUAUUGGUUCUGCUGUCAGUGAUGUUUGUCCUUGGAUUUGUUGCUGAUCCGAUUAUCAAUCUAUACGUUGAUCCAUAUGAAACAAUUGCAUCUGGCACUUUUUGGGAGGAAGGAGACGAACCCAUUCCCUUGGUGAAGAAAGCGGCGACCUGGCCAGAGCAUUUUGUUAAGGGCCUUGCAUCACUGGGUGUCCUGUCAUUUCUGAAGGUUAUCUUUGCGGUUUCACCGUGGCAUUGGUGGAAUCUACGUAACUCGGGUCUCGUUGGGGGCGGUCGACGACCCGGCGCUACCGGUAGGAACAGAGUUUCGUCCGUCAGCUGGAUUGUCAUUGUGAUAGGAGUGGCUACUUUCCUAUUGGGUGUGUAUAAAGGCGUUCGAGCGUGGAGCUGUCGGAUCUUGGAGAAGGCAGGCCAGCGGGUAAUGGAUGUCCCCUUGGACGACGAUGAAGAUGCCGAUAUCUCAGACGAUCCUUCUAAGAAAGAAGAUUGA